GAGUAACUGCCUGAUAUUCAUGAUGUGUUACAGAAGAGUUGUAUGUUUCUGAACGAGAGGGCAAUGAUUCCACCGGUGAUGGAACGCAGAAGAAACCAUUCAAAACUGUUCUAAAGGCUUUGAUGACAGCAGGAAAGGAACCAUUUCCUACUAUUUAUGUGGAUUCACAGAAGGAAAAUGAAAGAUGGGCCAUUAUUUCAAAGUCACAGAUGAAAAACGUCAAAAAACUGUGGCACAGGGAACAAAUGAAGAAUGAGGCGAAGGAGAAGAAAGAGGCAGAAGAUCUGUUGAGAAGAGAGAAGAACCUGGAGGAAGCCAAGAAAGUUAUUAUCAAGAACGAUCCCAGUCUUCCAGAACCAAAAUGUGUAAAGAUUGGUGCUCUGGAGGCUUACAGAGGCCAGAGAGUAAAGAUUUUUGGCUGGAUUCAUAGAUUACGUAGGCAAGGAAAAAAUUUGAUGUUCAUUGUUUUGAGAGAUGGCACGGGUUUUCUUCAGUGUGUCCUUUCAGAUGCAUUGUGUCAGUGUUACAACGGGCUCCUUCUCUCUACAGAGAGUAGUGUUGCAGUGUAUGGCACGCUGAACCUUGUUCCUGAAGGCAAGCAGGUAGGUGAUCUGGAUGGCGCUCUGUUCUGGUUCUCCUCUUCAACAUUUUUUCAUUUUUCAGACAGGAGGAAAAGCAAAGGUGGAAACAUUGAAUGAUUUCAGGAUGAAUUU